AUGGGCCAGACUGUCGUUAAGGCAGAUGGUCUAACACGGACAAGCACCGCUCGAUACAAGCGCAUCGAGUUGCCCGAGGAUUACAUUAGUAUGAUGAGGAGUGCACGGAGUGCGGUGGUCACAGUGGAAAACACGAUCACGACUAAUACCGGCCGCAAGCUAUCGGCUAUGGUGUUGGAGUGGUGGCUGUAA